UUCUUCAUCAAUCUCUUAUAUACGCCACAACUUUCAUUUCGUCUCUACUUGCGAUUCUCAGACUCUGUCGAACUAUCUUUUCUUUCGUUUACCACAGAAGCAAAAAUGGUGAAAGGUCCUGGUCUCUACACCGACAUCGGCAAAAAAGCCAGAGAUCUUCUGUACAAGGACCACAAUAGCGACCAGAAACUCAGCAUCACUACUUACUCUCCAGCCGGUGUUGCCAUCACUUCAACUGGAACUAAGAAAGGUGACUUACUGUUGGGAGAUGUAGCUUUUCAGUCGAAGCAAAAGAACAUUACUACUGAUUUUAAAGUUUGCACAGACUCUACGGUUUUGAUCACUGCUACGGUUGAUGAGGCUGCACCUGGGCUGAAGUCAAUCUUCAGCUUCAAGGUCCCUGACCAAAAUUCCGGCAAGAUUGAGCUGCAGUAUUUGCAUGAUUACGCCGGUAUCAGCACGAGCAUGGGAUUGACUCAAAACCCAACUGUCAACUUCUCUGGUGUGAUUGGCAGCAAUGUGGUGGCUCUUGGUACUGAUGUUUCAUUCGACACCAAAUCCGGAAAUUUCACCAAGAUCAAUGCUGGCCUAUCCUUCACCAAGGAUGAUUUGAUUGCCUCCCUUACCUUGAACGAGAAAGGCGAUGCGAUGAACUUGUCGUACUACCACAUUGUUAACCCGCUGUUCAACACGGCGGUUGGAGCAGAAGUGAGCCACAAGUUCUCAAGCAAGGACAACACCAUAACUGUUGGAACACAGCAUUCGCUUGACCCUUUGACUUCAGUGAAGGCACGUGUGAACAGUGCGGGAAUAGCCAGUGCACUCAUUCAACACGAGUGGAGACCCAAGUCGUUCUUCACAAUCUCAGGUGAAGUUGAUACUAAGGCUAUCGACAAGAGUGCUAAGGUUGGAUUGGCUCUCGCUCUCAAGCCUUGAAACAGAGAUUGAAGAAUCCAAGCUGCUAUAGCUUCUUAACUAGUUUUUUCUAUGCGGUUCUGUUUUUUUUUCUCUGCUUGGGUUGGUGCUUUUAAUGGCUACUACUGAUCUUUCCCAUUUUCUUGUCGGAUUUGUAGAGAAUAAAAAGGUUGAAAAAAGAUCAUCUUGGUGAUGAUGAACCCUUAAAAGAUCCUUUCUAUUUCUUCUUCUUUGCUAUGUCACCGUGUUCGUUGGAUUUGUUUUCGGGAUUUUUUGUGGUCCUAUGGGUCUGGGCUUAACACAAGCGUUGAUUUUA